UCAACCUUAAUAACAAUAAUCCUUACUCUCUAAAACAACAUUCUUCCUUCCUUCUCACUGUCCCUUUGCCUUUUCAUCAUCCCUUCAUUUGUAGGGUCCCCUCUCCCAACACUCUCUGUUUCCCUCAUUAUUAAAUCCUCCUCUCCCUCCCUCUUCAUUUCCCCAACUUCCGCCCACUUUUCUUCUCUUUCCCCCCCUUUCUCCUCUCCCAUGGCAACUCCCUCUUUGUCCUUCCCUACUGAGUUUCCUUACGAUUUCGACUCCUUUUUCUCCAACUCCGACCUCAACUCGCCCGUGGAAUCGGUUGGAAGCUCUGUUACGGAUUCCACUGAUAGCAGUGGCAGCGACGAUGAUGAUUUCUUUGUGGGGUUGGCUCAGCAACUUGCAUGGACUUCCCUCUGUGAAACUGAGAAAUCUACAUCUCCUUCCUUCAAUCCAAAAAAUUUUGAGAAGAUGUAUGUUAAAGCUGGCUCUCCUCAGUCGACUUUGACUGGAAUAGACACCUGGUUUCGCCCUGAAAGUCCUUCCUCUCAGUUGCAAUCGCCUCCCAUGGCGGUUUUUGGGGCUGAGAAUGAUGCUAGAGCGCUCCUACAUGCAGCUGCUAGAGAGGCUGCUAGGUUGAAGAUGAGCGGCGAAACAACCCCAUUUCGUAACAAUGACCCUUUUAUGAGAGAAUAUGUGGGCGCUCGAUCUUCCAUUCCAGUUAAAUCUACUAACAAUGUGGAUUAUGGGGUUUUCUCGAAUCAGAACUGUGCUCGGAAUCUGGCAUUUGCCGCUCAGAUGCAGCAAGUGAAACAGGAUCUUGUACUACAAGCUCUUCGUGCUUCUUCUUGGGGAGGAAGACAAGCUAAAGUCAGCUGGUCGGCUCAGCCACACUGGAAGGCGGAGAUUCAAAGCAGAGAACGAAACGUUCUUAAUGCAAGUGGCCGGUGCGGUGGAAACACCGGCGGAUUGUACCACUCCCCAUGGCUUCCGCCGCCCCAAAAUCAGCAACCACCGUCCAACCCCUCCGUAAUGCGCUGUAUUCACCCCGGCAGAUCUGGCGUGAAAAGGGCUUCCUCCGGCACCGGUGUUUUCUUGCCUCGCAGAUACAUAAGCCCUUCAGAAUGCCGCCAGAAACAAGGAAGCCCAGCCGUUCGAUUUGCAGAGGAAAUGAAAAGCCCCAUUCAAGCUCCAUUAAACGGCUGGCUAUCCCCUAGCAUCGAUUCAAUGUUAUCUCGAAGAAAUAAUCCCCUUCUGCCAUUGCCAAGGAGUUUCCGGACAGAGGGAGCCAUGAAUCAAGAACUUCACCUACCUCAGGAAUGGACAUACUGAUGUUGGGAAAGCAGAGAAGAGUUAGAGAUGGAAAUUGUUUUGUAGGGUUUUAAAAAAGAAGCCAUUAAAGUAGGCAUUUAGUAGCAUUAAUUUAUGAAUGAAGAAGAAAAAGGAUUGAAAAGGAAGUUUUUUUUUUUAGAAUUAGGGAAGCAGCAAUAAGUAACCAUGAAGUUAUUUAUUGAAUGAUGAUGUUCAUGUUGGUAGGCAGCUUUAAUAAUAAAGGAAACAGUGAAAGUAGUAGUGAGAAGGAUAUCAAGAAGGAUGAAAGCUUGAAAAACAAAAAGGACAGGGAUGGUCUUGUGUCCUUGUAAUAAUUCUGUAAUUUUGUGUUAUAGUGAUUUUAGAAAUGUUUUUUUUUUUUUCCCUUUUUUGGGUGGGGAAAAUAUAAAACCCUCUCUGGCUUGUAAUUUCCUUGAAUGAUUUAAGGAUAUGCUUUUAAUAAAUAAUAAGAUAUAUGUUGGCUUUUCUUACA